GUAAGUCUUGGCCUGGCGCUGAAAGCUCUGCUAAGAUCGAUGCUUUGUUUGUUUCAUUAACCUCUUGAUCAUACCGCUGAAAAGUGUAUGGAACCCUUAUAGUGACAUUCUGAUGAUAAGUUAUACAACUUCUGUUUUGUUUGGUUUUGUGUCCGGUUAAUAACUAAUUAAGUGUCAGAAGUGGUUUGAUAAGAAAGUGUUUUAUAACGUGAUGUCUGCCAUAUAACAUCCCAUCUUCCAUCUCACAAUGUUCCACUCUGCUCCGAAUGCAGGUGGAUACAGCGACACUAACAGCAGCUUUCACCAACAUCUACAACAAUCUCCAGUUUACGUACCCAGCAACCGAGCCAUGCCCCAAUACGCAUCUCCAACAGGAGGUCACUUCGGAGCUGCACAUCAAGGUGGUUGGCAUGCGAGCGGUGGUUAUGGAGAAAUGGCUACUCCAACCCCUCAUGGACUGGGUACGUCACCACAUCAUGCUGGAGCUCUAGCGGGUCAGUUUUACGCUCAGAAUGUGAUGAUGGGAGGUUGGAGGCCGUAUGAUGGUACUGGGUUUCAGAGGACGUCGCCGUAUGGAAUGGAUUAUGAUGCUGGUAUGGAUUUCCAAUUUGGCGAAGGACGUGAAUGUGUUAAUUGUGGAGCCAUUUCUACACCUCUUUGGAGGAGGGACGGCACGGGACACUAUCUUUGUAACGCUUGCGGAUUAUACCAUAAAAUGAAUGGAAUGAAUAGACCAUUAAUAAAACCUUCAAAACGAUUAACGGCAACGAGAAGGCUCGGCCUCUGCUGUACCAACUGCGGCACGAGAACGACGACAUUGUGGCGGCGGAACAACGACGGCGAGCCCGUUUGUAACGCCUGCGGGCUUUAUUUCAAAUUACAUGGCGUAAAUAGACCCUUAGCGAUGCGCAAAGACGGCAUACAAACGCGCAAGCGCAAACCGAAAAAGCCGGCGGGCGGAGACAGGGACGACAGUAGCUCCGCCUCGACAGAAGAACCAAAAACACCUACAAUCGUACAUCAACCCAGCCAGCAACAUUCGAAUCAAAACCAGCCACAAUCAUCAUCUCAGCCGCACCAGAAUCACUCUGACAAGUCACCUCCGGUCGAACGGCCUUACUUAGGCCAGACGUCGUUACUACCCGCCACCAGUACAAGUGCAAUAAAAAGCGAACCAGGCUACGACUACAACAGUUGUGUUCAAAAUCAACCGUCGUACUCUUAUCAACAAAUCUUCGGGUUUCCAAGCGGUAGCGGAAACAACGAAGUGGCUUAUCACCAUCAGCAUCACGUUACGGCAGCAGCUAAAUUGAUGGCGUCAUCGUAGAUCUAGUCAGAUUUCACACAGUGUCAUUAGAGAGUUAAAGAAAGCAACGAUAGAAACGAUAUAGUACUCAAUACCUAUUUUUUCUACGUACCAAACAAUUAAUGUCUGACGUAAACGUACGUGUUCGUCCGUAGGUACGCCUAAUACUUAUACGUCCGGAGCAAUCGAUUGUACCCGAUUUAGUGAGUUGUAUCUACAUUUGUUUUGUGAUUAUAGCUAGAAUGCCAAAAGCUCUAGUGCUCCUGUCACUUUAGUAUACCGAAACUGACAUUUUCAUUCAAUUUCAAACAAAUUCAAAUUAUAAUAAUUAUAAAUCACUUUAUUUUCCUUUUCCUGUAGAAUUUGUAACAUUGUAACAUUGCAACAUCAUCAUCUAUAAUCAAAAUUUCCUUUAAUCUAAGUAUUACAUUUCUACAUUUACGUCAGAAGAAGUACUAUAUCUUUUUAUCGUAGAUUUAACUCUCGAUUAUCUGUUAUUUAAUACUCAUAUAUCAGCUCAACACAUCAUAAUGAGGAGAGUUCAGAGGAGGUUAUCGAAAUCUCCAAUAUUGAUAUCCGGUUUGAAGGACCAAAAAAUGAUUUGUAUUGAAAUUCUGAGUAUUUUAUAAUACAGUUUAAUUUUAAUUAGAAAUAUGAAAAAAAACUUAUUUUUCAAAAAUAUUAAUAUUUGUUAUAUCAUUAUAAAGUGUAUAAAAUUUAACAAAUUUAUAAAAAAAGAAGGCUGGUUAUUCAACUUCUUAAAUGUAGUCAUCUUUUAACAUAAACAAAAAAGCGUCGAAAAUGCUUCUAUUUAUAUGUAUCCUUACCCUUGGCAUAUCGAACUUUCUGGAUUGCUUCAGCUUUUCUAUGUUAUUUAUUUAAAAGUAUUUUGUCGUUUGUACGUGCGAGUGGGGGUGCUGGGCUGACAUGGAUACUUUACAAUUUUAUUAUUCUUAGAACUUUUGAUUGAUUUAGGGACAUGCCGGCUCGCUGUUCAUUAGUGUACUAUUUGAAUUAUUAAUUGGAUUAUUAUUAAAUUAAAUUAUUUGGAUAUUUCAAUAUUUAAUUAUCAAUUAAUUGAUCAGUUUAGCACUCAGGGCAGGGCUAGCCUGAUAUAAUAUAAAAAUAUGUUGGAUGUAUUUCCAACACCAACAAUAAAUUAAUUUAAGACAACAAACAGAAACUAAAUAGAUAACAAUUUUGGCCAAAAUUAAGGAGACAGGUCUUCACUAUAGGUAUCUGAAGAUAAAAUUGAAUCUUUAUGAAAAAAUAUGUGUUGAGUUGAUAUACGUAGUUGAAGAUAAUGCUUUAUAGACUGCUUUAAAGAAUAGUUUUUUGUUUAAAAUAAUUUUUAUAAUUUUAAUUGUCAUUUACAACGGG